AUGGACAAGAAGCCUUCGCCCAAGAAAGCUCCAGGUUUCUGUUCGUUACGCUAUGGACUGGCUCUCAUCAUGCACUUCUCAAACUUCACCAUGAUAACCCAGCGUGUGAGUCUGAGCAUUGCGAUCAUUGCCAUGGUGAACAGCUCUCAGCCGCAUGGUCUAUCCAACGCCUCCGCAGAAGGACCUCUGGCAGAUGCCCUCAGCAACCCCAGCACAUCCAUCAAGGAAUUUAACACAGGGGCCUCUGUAUAUGAAUGGAGCCCAGAGACUCAGGGCAUCAUCUUUAGCUCCAUCAGCUAUGGGAUAGUAGUGACUCUGAUCCCAAGUGGAUAUUUGGCAGGGAUAUUCGGAGCAAAACAGAUGCUUGGUGCUGGUUUGCUGAUCUCCUCCCUCCUCACCCUCUUUACACCGCUGGCUGCUGACUUCGGAGUGAUUUUGGUUAUUGUGAUUCGGAUGAUCCAGGGCAUGGCCCAGGGCAUGGCCUGGACAGGUCAGUUCACCAUCUGGGCAAAGUGGGCUCCCCCACUCGAACGAAGCAAACUCACCAGCAUUGCGGGGUCAGGGGCAGCGUUUGGGUCCUUCAUCAUCCUCUGCGUGGGGGGACUCAUCUCCCAGGCCUUGGGCUGGCCGUUUAUCUUCUACGUCUUUGGUAGCAUUGGCUGCGUCUGCUGUCUCCUGUGGUUCACAGUGGUUUACGAUGACCCCACGCAUCACCCAUGCAUAAGCGUCCGGGAAAAGGAGCACAUCGUGGCCUCACUGGCUCACCAGUCCAGUUCUCCUAGACGAUCUGUCCCCAUAAAGGCUAUGGCCAGAUGCCUACCGCUUUGGGCCAUUUUCACGGGGUUUUUCAGCCAUUUCUGGUCGUGCACCAUAAUCAUAACAUACCUCCCGACCUACAUCAGCUCCGUGCUCCACGUUAACAUCAGGGAUAGCGGGGUUCUGUCAUCCCUGCCCUUCAUCGCUGCUUCAAGCUGCACGAUUUUAGGAGGCCAGCUGGCAGACUUCCUUCUGUCCAGGAAUCUUCUCAGACUAAUCACUGUCCGAAAACUCUUUUCAUCCCUAGGGCUCCUCCUUCCGUCUCUGUGUGCCGUGGCCCUGCCCUUCGUGGCUUCCAGUUACGUGACAACCAUUAUUUUGCUGAUACUCAUUCCUGGGACCAGCAAUCUGUGCGACUCGGGGUUCAUCAUCAACACCUUAGAUGUCGCCCCCAGGUACGCAAGUUUCCUCAUGGGAAUCUCCAGGGGCUUCGGGCUCAUCGCGGGGAUCAUCUCUUCCACAGCCACCGGAUUCCUCAUCAGCCAGGAUUCUGUGUCUGGAUGGAGGAAUGUCUUUUUCCUAUCUGCGGCUGUCAACAUGUUUGGCAUGUUUUUUUACAUCACAUUUGGACAAGCAGAAAUCCAGGACUGGGCCAAAGAGAAGACCAUCACCCCCGCCUCUGAGGAUAGUGAGUUGCACACUUACGAUGCUGACCAUUAA